AGAAGUGAUUCUUCAAAGUACGGUUCAUGUAGGGGCAUUUACGUUGGGAAAAAACAUUUGUGGCUCCAAAAGCACUUAAGGACCAUUCUUGUCAUGUUUGGAUUCAUGAGUUGCCUUGUCCUUCUGAUUCUCUUAUGGUCUCCUUCUUUGAUUUUGCAAAUCUUCAACACAAUAUGGCCAAUAACAACUCAAGUGGCUUUCAGGAUCGAGUUUCAUACACUGACAAGCGACCAUCACCGAUACAGAUGUAUGAUAGGCUUCUAAACUUGGCUUCUAGUGCCCUUGCAGAGAGGGAGAUCAAGCAGGAAUCAUCAAAUUUGUGGGUGGAACCGUAUCGGCAGGCAUCUUCGUGGAAACCUUGUGCAGACAGAAAAGUUCUGAGCAAUCAAGGGAAAUCUGUGAAAACUAAUGGCUAUAUAUUAGUCAGUGCAAAUGGAGGUCUUAAUCAACAACGAGUUGCUAUUUGCAAUGCUGUAGCUGUGGCAUAUCUCCUCAACGCAACCCUAGUUAUUCCAAAGUUUCUUUACAGCAAUGUAUGGAAUGAUCCUAGCCAGUUUGGUGACAUAUAUCAGGAGGAUUAUUUCGUGGAUAUGAUGAAGGAUGAAAUUAAUGUUGUGAAGGAAAUCCCACCUCAUUUAAGAUCGUUGGAUAUAGAAGCAAUAGGCAGCCAGAUUACAGAUUCAGAUCUUGUGAAGGAAGCAACAGUCAGUGACUACAUCAAAAUUGUGCUUCCUAUUCUUCGGAGAAAUGGAGUUGUUCACUUCCUUGGAUAUGGAAAUCGACUAGGUUUUGAUCCCUUUCCUUCUGGCAUUCAGAGGCUAAGGUGCAAAUGCAACUUCCAUGCUCUGAAGUUUGUGCCCAAAAUUCAAGAAGUUGGUUCAUUGUUGGUCAGAAGGAUUAGAAAAUAUAGUAGUGCAAGAAGCAAGUUAGAUAAACAUUUACUAGGGAAGUUCAUCCAGAACAAUGGAGAUCAUGAUGCUGCUAGAGGCUCAACCAAAUACCUUGCCUUGCACUUAAGAUUCGAAGUUGACAUGGUAGCCUACUCCUUAUGUGAAUUUGGAGGUGGUGAAGAUGAAAGAAGGGAACUUAGAUCCUACAGAGAAGCACAUUUCCCUCUUCUUCUUGAGCGACUGAAGAAAACAACCCCCAUAUCUCCAAUGGAUUUGAGGACGUUGGGAAGAUGCCCGUUGACACCAGAAGAAGCAGCACUUGUCCUAGCCGGUCUCGGUUUCAAAAGUGGAACAUACAUAUACUUGGCUGGUUCUCAUAUAUAUGGAGGAGACUCAAGGAUGCAUCCCUUCACUAAGCUCUUUCCCAACUUAGUCACAAAGGAAAAUCUGCUAUCCCCCAGUGAACUAGCACCUUUCAGGAAUUUUUCUUCUCAGCUGGCUGCACUGGACUUUAUAGCUUGUGCAACUGCCGACGUAUUUGCCAUGACUGACUCUGGAAGCCAACUUUCAUCAAUGGUAUCUGGAUUUAGGACCUACUAUGGUGGUGGUCAUGCUCCUACCUUGAGGCCAAACAAGAAGAGGCUGGCAGCGAUCUUGUCAGAGAAUGAGACCAUAGGAUGGAGUGCCUUUGAAGACAAAAUUAAGAAGAUGAUUCAAGAGGGUCAGAAAGCUGGCAUGAGGAGAUCUGGUCGGAGCAUUUAUCGACAUCCAAGGUGCCCAGGGUGCAUGUGUAAACACCAACAGCCCUAUGCAUUCUGAGGUUAAAUUUCAUUUGUCUGAUAUUUUCAUCUGAACAUUUUUGUCAGCCUCGCAUUUUAUAAACGGUUCUCUACAUUAAAAAAAAAGAAGAAGAAGAAGAAGAAGAAGAAGAAGAAGAUCUUUACCCAAAAGGAAAUAGGAAAUGAUUUUGUUUCAGUGAAGGCAUGCAAUUGAUUUUAGACCUAUGAACAGUAUUUUUGGGUCAGAAA